UUUCGCCACCGCGUGGAAUAGAAAAACCGAAAGCUCUGUUGGGGUAGGUCGGAAAAUGAAGCAGCGUUCAAAACAGUUUGCACGUUACUUUUCGAAUUGUAAGGACGUUCAAAAAUAAUAUACCACGUAUAAACCAUUUUUCAAGUCGCUGAAAUUUUCCAGUGAAUUUUUUUCCGGUUUGGUUUCCCGCAUCGUAGCGAAUUUUAUCCGAUUAGACGAAUCGAACGCGGUGAAUUUUUUUCUUUUACUUUUUGUCUUACGUCGGAUUCGAUCCUUUCGUGACGGUGAGAUUUCAAGGUCGCUUCAUCAACGGCGUGAUUGGUUUAUUUGACGAAAAUAUAAUAUUGUUGCAUCCGAAUGCUUUUGAAUUUUCACUCAGCAGAUUCUUAUGUAUCAUUCGAAUGAUUUUUUAUGCCCGCACUGACGCAGCAAUAUACCAUGAGACAGGGAGUGAUAAUGCGCCUAAACCGAGGCGAGCCGGAAGGCGACGGCUUGAACAUGACCAACGUGAAAGAAGAAGAAUUUGAGAAAUUAGUCAAUUAUAUAGCUCCAGAUUUACCAACGAAUUCAAAUUGUCCUAAUAAAGCUGAAAACUCGUUACCUAGAAAUUUAGAACUCAGACCUUCGAGGGCUAUUACCGAUGCUUUGGGUGUUUGGAGUACAGCGAUAAUUCCUAGAGGAACUCGCUUCGGUCCACUGGUUGGCGAACUUCAUUCAAAAGAUGCCGUCCUGACGAAUGUGAAUAGGAAAUAUUUCUGGAGGAUUCAAAUCAAAAUGAAUUCGUUUCUACGAUCUAAUCAGGUGUAUAAAGAUAACGAAUUAUACUAUUACAUUGAUGGUUAUGAUGUAUCUAAAUCAAACUGGAUGAGAUAUGUGAAUCCGGCCUACUCAUCGGAGGCACAAAACCUGAUAGCAUACCAAUAUGAGUCGAAUAUUUAUUUUUACACUAUUAGAACAAUUCCUAAAGAUGAAGAAUUAUUGGUGUGGUAUUGCAAAGAAUUUGCCGAAAGACUGAAAUAUCCGUUGACCGGAGAACUGAUGCUGCAGCAGAUUAGAAGGCAAACGAUAAGCAUGCAACCACAAACGAUAGUCAGUCCGCCAAUACAAGUACCAGUACAGACGUGCAGAUCGCCUCGUUCGGAAUACGUGCCUCAAGUUGUACAAACGACAAUAGAAGUGGCCGAAGACACCAAGGAUAUUGAUAGGUUACCUGUACAAAGCGGAGAAUUAGUAACAUCGAAAGAUUGUCAAAACGGAUACGAUCAACUGAAUUCGGUUCGUUCGGACGAAGGUUACCAUAGUCAUGGAUUUCAUGAUGAAUCACUGACACCACCGUACGGAUGCGUUGAUUCAGACGACAGUGAUAAUUAUAUUUUAGAUUUCAGCAAGAAACAAACUCGACCUAGCGAAACAGAAGAUCACGACAGUACAGUAAUGGAAACGGACGAGCAAGUCUUAGAUCGAAACGAAUAUAGAAAAGUUAAGAUAAAAAUGUCGAAAGCUUCGUCCUACUGUACAAAUCGCACAGCUACGCAUUUAACCAAGGAAUUAUCGCCGGAAAACAAAGAAAAUAAUUUUCCGCAAGUGAUCACCGUGGUACCGCAUCCUAAAACAAGCGUCGAAGAAGACAUGACGAAUUUACGACUGCAGUCGCAAUCACCUCCGUUGUCGCCGACCGAAAAAGCAUACUCGUACAAGAAGUCGCAAAGGUACGGAUGUGCGCCGGUCAGUCCGGAUUCGACGGCUCAGCCGGAAACGCAUUGUUCGUUAUCUCCAAAUACGAUAACGCUUGUUCCUCAAAGAUCUCCACCGCCUUCGCCACCGUAUCAACCAGAAGAACCUUCUUAUCAGUCACAUUCCCCUCAAGUUAUUUAUACUUCAUACCAAAUAAACGUGCAGCAAACCGGCGUUCAACCACCGACUUCGUAUUCGCCACCUACGUCGUCUAAUUUGCAGUACCAAUACCCACCUCCUUCAUUUGGUAUCAAUUUGUCGACACCGUUGCAUCAUAUUUUAACUCCUGUACCACCCGUUCAUCAUCCGUUACCGUCUCAACAUUCCUGUUCGUCACCGGGAUCCAUGUCGCCGGAUGAAGGACCUUGUCAUAGUCCAACCAACUCCAGAGGAUAUAAAUCGCUGCCGUAUCCCUUGAAAAAGAAAGAUGGCAAGAUUAACUAUGAAUGCAAUAUUUGUAUGAAGACCUUUGGACAACUGUCUAAUUUAAAAGUGCAUUUAAGAACACAUUCGGGUGAACGACCAUUUCAAUGUAAUACUUGCUCAAAAACUUUCACGCAGCUGGCCCAUCUGCAGAAACAUCAUUUAGUUCAUACGGGUGAGAAACCACAUCAAUGUGAUACUUGCCAUAAACGAUUUAGCUCUACGUCAAAUUUGAAAACACACAGGAGGCUUCACUCGGGUCAAAAACCAUUCGCAUGCGACCUAUGUCAUGCGAAAUUUACUCAAUUAGUCCAUCUGAAAUUGCAUAAAAGGCUACAUACCAAUGAAAGACCUUACAUUUGUACGACAUGUGGAAAGAAAUACAUCAGUCAUAGCGGAUUGAGAACUCAUUGGAAGACUACAUCUUGUCGGCCUUCAAGUAUUCAGCAACAACAAGAAGUUCCAUAUUGAAGUUCAACGAGGUAUUGAUAAAUGUACGAAGGAUCUCACUAUUAGCUGUGAGAAUACGAUAAGUUUCGUGAAUUAUUUUUUUUACUUGGUUGAAUUAUCUCCUAUUUAAUUGAAUCGACGAUUGAAUCGCGCUCAAAAAUGUCAAGACUAUUGUUCUCAAUUGCAUACAAGGUUUUAAAACAUGUUAGGAUUUAAUUUAUGACGCUUUUAUUUAUGCUAUAAAAUUAUUGUUGAUAACGUGUGUAACCCUUUGUUUGUUUUUUCUUUCCUUAGAGCUAUUUCUUUUUGUUUUCCUUUUUAUUUUGUUAAUAUUGUAACAUAGUAGGAUUUUCUCCGAUUAUUUAUUUUGCUGUAUCCUGUAACGGUUUAUGGUUAAAAAUUGCGAUGUUCCUCUUAUUGGUAAUAAAAUAAUUUUUAGAAAAUUUCAAAGUAGAUAAUCUACUGUAUAUAAGUUUAAUUUAUCUAAGUUAUUUAACGUUUAUGAUCUCAAUCAACGUUUGUUUUUCUUCCCAUUUAUAUUAUUGAACCCAAAACGACAACAUCAUGUAUGAUAUUAGAAGAAGGAAUAACAGAGUAUGUGUAAAUUGUAAAGUAUUCGUGUACAAAAGAGUAAGGAAAAAAUGUAAAAAAAGAACAAAAUUCACAUGUGUGUAUUUUCCACAAUGAAUGAUAAUUUAAUGGAAAAUGUGUACAUAAUACCUUGUAAGAAGAGUGUUACGAAAAGGUAUAUCUAAAAAAAUUGACGUUAGCUGAUUUUCAUUUCGAACGCCAAAAGUAACUGUAAGGUAAAGUUUCAAAACCAAAAAAAAAAAAAAAAAAAAAAAAACGGAUUUAACCAAUAUUUGCAAUUAUUAUUUAUGAAUGAUAAGUAAACCCCUCUAAAAAAAAUUACACAUGAGUUUCCGUCCCGAAAAGGGGAUUUAAAACUAGGUAUUGAAAAGAUGCCUAUUGCCUACCUAUUUUUCUCUUCAAUUUUAAUUACGCGAAUUUUUUUUUAAAGUUUUUGCCCUUCUUUUCAAUAUUUGAUGCCCAAAAAUGAGUUUAAUAAUGAAAAAAAACAGACGUUUCUUAAUUUUCUUAAUUUAUGAGACUGCUCUUAAUUGUUUAGUAUAUCUUCACAAAAGAUAUUUGCAAUAAUUAAAUUGGUUUGUCCAGUCAUUUGACUGUGCUAUUUCCAUCGUUUUGAUUUGACUAUUUCUUAGAUGAAUCAGCUGGCGUUCGAAUUGAGAUUGAUUGCAUUAUUUGUUCAAAUGUUUUGUGUGGUUUACACUUUUCAUGAAAAUUGCAAUAAAGCUAUUGAAAAAUUAAUCAAAAUGAACAAAUUUAUCAAAAUUAUAUUAAAGUAUGAAAUGUAAGAACUCGUGUUCUUGUUAUCGUCUUUAUUCGCUUUUACAAAAACCUAAAGUGUACUCCACUUAAAAAAAUCGUCAGCUUUGAACAAUGACUGCUUGAAAUAUCCCCCCGGUUAAUUUAACGAUGCAUUUUUAAUUUAUUUUUAUUUAUUUACGUACUACGUGUACUAUAAAAUUGAAAAUUUACAAACUUUCUAGUUAUUAAAAAUUGUAUGUUCUUUUAAAGGCUGAUGUAAUUUAAUGUUGAUGCAAUAAAAAAGUAGUUAUGAA